AUGCGUUCUAACAAUUCGCAUCAACGCAUGAUUGCAGUUAACGACAAUUAUUUCGGCAUGGGUAAGGAAGUGGAAAAUCUUAUCCUCGAAAACAACGAGCUGUUAGCUACGAAGAAUGCGUUAAAUGUUGUGAAAGACGACCUUAUAGUGAAGGUUGAUGAGCUUACUGGAGAAUUGGAAAUCUUGAGAGAAGAGGUCAGCAACCUUAGUUCAGCUAGGGAGAAACUAAGAGAUAGAGUGACCGAGUUGGAGGAGGAAGUCCGGCAUUUGAAGGAGACGGUGAGCACUAACGCGGGUGGUGGCGAAAAUGAAGAUGAGGCAGAUGUCCCCAUGGCUCAGCGACGAAGAUUUACUCGGGUCGAGAUGGCCAGGGUACUAAUGGAACGGAAUCAGUACAAGGAGCGCUGUCAUGGAGCUCCAAGAUGCCUGUCCGCUGGACAGAGAUGGUGCGUGCCAGCCGAGUCGAUACCACAAUGGAUAAGAAGAAUAAACAAAGCAUAUGGAAGUUUUUUAGUAAUCUCUUCAGUUCAAACGAGCGUCCACAGCGCCCUUUAUCAACACCUCAUCUUCGGGCUGUAG